AGACCGUUGUUAUCUUUACCACAACAUACACUGUACAAACUAGGACUCCUCUGGAUCGUCACCAUGCUAUUUUUCUUGGUAACUAUUUUGUCCCUGCAAGCGUUCGUCGCUCAUGGCCAAGUAGAAAAUGUUUUUUCCUACUUGCAACACAACGGUAACUUUACCACACUGGUUAAACUCUUGAAGGAGUCCGGUCUAGCAGGAACUUUGGCGACGUCAGCAACACCUUUGACAAUCUUUGCGCCGACUGAUGCUGCCUUUGCCAAGCUUCCACAGAGUGUCCUGGACCAACUGAGCACCGAUCCACAAGCUCUAGCAGACACCCUCAAGUUCCACGUGACCAAUGGAAUCAUUAUUUCUCCCAUGAUUCAAGAUGGAACGGAAUUUACCUCGCUGUCUGGAAAGAACCUCACAGCUCAUCGAUAUGCAAAUCAGAAAUACGUGAUUCAAGGCGUGAACAUAGAGUCCGGAGACAAAAUUGUCCUGAACGGUGUGAUCCACACCAUCGACUCGGUGCUGAUGCCCUCUGACGUGUCAAUCUCGGAAUAUCUCGGGACCCACGAGACCAAUUUUGCCGACCUGUACGCUGCUCUUGUGCUGGAAGGAUUUGAAAAUGCCUUAGAAUUUGGGACUUACACAUUAUUUGCUCCACGAGAUGAUGCAUUUGCUCAAAUUUUGGCAAACUUGCCUACUAUUGCUGCUGAUGACACUUACUUCAAAAAAGUUUUAAUGUACCACGUGGUACCAGGGGUGUGGUUUUCCGCUGGGUUGACAGAUGGCAUGUCACUUCCCACUCUGGCUGGAACAAACCUUACUAUCAGUGUGCAAGGAUCAGGUGUUUACGUAAAGACAGCACAAGUCAUAGAGGCCGAUGUUCCAUUGUCCAAUGGAUGCCUACAUGUGAUUGAUGACGUACUUGCUCCUCCAAAAUAAAAACAAUUUUCUCUCA